AUGGUUUUGGGAAAAGGCCCUCCGUUUAGACUAACACUCCAUCUCUGCAUAGCUGAUGUAAAAGCUGCGCUAGCUGUCCCUCUCUCCAUUACAGCCACUGUCGCCGACAAUGAGUUACAGCAUUGUUUGGAUUUUUGUGUUCCCUCUGGUCCCGAAGUUGAGGCGUUAGAAAUUACUAAUGUGGAAUUUCUUUUUCAGACCGAAGCACCAAAAGGCAAUUUACGUAAAUCAUGCCGAACUGCUUCAUGUGGUGGCCUUCAGGGCUACUUAUUUAUGCAGCUACUUGACCACGAGGCUCAUCCCAGUGGUCAUCCAUUUGCUAUUGUUUGCUGUGAUACAGAAAUGGGAAAUGGGAUUUAUUCUCGCGUGAAGCUUCCCCUACCGGGCGGCCAGUCUGUUCGCUUCUACUUGGUGGAAAGAAAAAAACAGGGUGAGGAAAAGAUUGGGAUUAACUCACGGAUUGUAGGUGUUCGUUUUACUGGGAUGUUGCGGCUCUCCUCAGGUGGAGUUGGGGUUAAGUCGGGCGAGACUAGAAAACAGAUUCAAGCUUUGACAGAAACCAGCUUGACGUUUCGGGCGGAUAGUUGCGGAAGAAACAUGUUGACCUCAACGGGAUCCCGGUAUUCUCCAUCCUCUCAUUGUCAAGAAGGUGAAAAGUCUGCAAAAGGUAGAUUGCGAAGUGAUGAAGGGGAACCGACGCCAACAGAAUCUGUAAAUGGGGAUGCAGAUGAGGAACCUCCGAAUCUUAUUUAUGCUUUUGUUUCUGGUGGAGAUUAUGAAAGCUGA